AUUCAUCUGCAAAUCUACUUCUUUUUACUUUUUUGUCGUACCCGGCUAAAAGCAAUUUUGCAUUUGAAACCCUUAGUCCGACAAGAUGCGUUUCUCACACAUUGUCGCCGCCUCAUUGGCUGGGCAAUUCGCCGCUGCUCAUGGAACAGGCAUGGAAGGCAUGCCCAAGACCUUUGGUAUGCCAAAAGAACUACGCGCUAGAAACCCUUUUGCUCGCCUCCAAACCCUCUAUCCUGCCCAUUCUGCGCCUGUCCUUGGCCCAAGGCAAGAAGUCGAACGCUGUGGUCCGGCAAACGGCAAUCAAAAAUGUGCCGGAAACGAUUGCUGCUCAGCAGCCGGCUACUGUGGAACUACAAAAGAUCAUUGCAAAGCACCCGACUGUUUGUUCAACUAUGGCCCUGGAUGCGACGCCAACAAGACCCCAUCUGGCGCAAGCACACGCAACGUUCCCCGGCCAAAACUUGGUAGCGUUCCCUACGGUGGUGGAGGCAUCUACGCCUGCAAAAAUCCCGGCACAGUAGCCAUAACAUACGACGAUGGACCUUUUGUCUACACCGAAUCCAUCAUGCAGCAGUUUGAGAAAAGGGGAGGGCGUGCUACUUUCUUCGUUACUGGCAACAAUCUUGGCAAGGGCGCCAUUGAUCAACAGUGGGCUGGCGUUGUGCAGAAGAUGUACAACAACGGACACCAAGUCGCGUCGCACACAUGGAGCCACCAGGAUCUCUCGGCUAUCAGCAAGGAACAGGUCUAUGAUCAGAUGGUCAAGAACGAAAUGGCAAUUCGCAACAUCAUUGGCCGCUUUCCUACCUAUAUGCGUCCGCCUUAUUCCUCGUGCAAUGGGCAGUGUCAAGAAAUCAUGGCUGAGCUAGGCUAUGUUAUAUCUUACUUUGAUCUCAACACUGAUGACUAUAACAACCUUACGCCUGAGAAGAUGCAGACUUCAAAGAACAACUUCAAGCAAGGCAUCGACACGCGCAGCGAUCACAGGCUGGCCAUUGCACAUGAUAUUCAUCAGCUCACUGCUGAAAGCCUUACGGGCUACAUGUUAGAUUACCUCUACGGCAAGGGCCUUCGCGCAGUCACCAUGGGCGAGUGCAUGCAGGAUCCCAAGGAAAACUGGUAUCGCAAGGGUUGAUCAGUAUUUGAUUGUGGGAUCGCUUUGUUCACUUCACCUUAUAUGUAGAAAUAGAUUACGUCAGUGUUUGUUUUUGUAGAAAGGUGGAAGAUGCAUUCUUCAAAUUAAUGUUAUACUUGCGUGAUGGAGGGAUGGCAUUGUAUAGAACUUUUCAAGAAAAGCCAAUAAAAAAUGAGUAACUCCA